UAAUGUUGCAGCAGUCCAUAAAGGGUAUCCAUUAAAUAAUUGUUAAUAUUAAGUAAAGAUGAUUAUAUUUCUUAGUGAACUACAAAAGGACCAUUUGCGGUUGUUGCAUCAACACUCUACUCAAGUGUUGGUUGACUUCUGUAAACUUGCCAUAGACUUUUUAAAUAAUGGAACUAAUCAGAAGAAAUACUGUAUUGCUGCAGAGAAACUGAAUGUUUCAUCAUCCGCCAUACAAAAUCUUGUCCAUGCAUUGACUUGUUUGAUUGUAGAAGGAUGCAAGCAUAAUUUACUAGAGACGGACUUCAAGUCCUCAUUGGCCAUAGCAGGUUUCACGGAGGAACAGAGUGAGGUAUUAAUUACAUUUUAUAGCACAAAGAAAACUGAGUUAUCAGAGGCUCUGAACGUGCUUCAAGUAAAGGAUCCAAGCUAUCAGGAUUUAAUAUGGAGGUUCGAAAUUCAGGUAGCGUCAAGGAUUACCAAUGAAGAAGUGAGGCCUACUAUUUUAAUGGAUUUUGUGUUAUCAAUGCCUAAACCAUUCGGUAAAAACCAAAACGAUAAGAAGAAUAACCAAGACACGUAUAAAGUUUACCAGAAAACCACAAAUAUGACCAUCCAGAGUGCCAAGACAGCCCGUCAGUGCCAACAUACCAUUCAACACAUCUUACUGCAAUGCAACUUGAUUAACCUCAUGCAUUUAACAAAUAAGUUGGACUUGGCCUUAAAAGAAUCAAAAACGCAACAUGUGCGGAAGGUUCAGAGAGCUUUACAAUAAAUUUUACACGAGUGUAUACAA